GAGAGAGAAGAAAAAUUUUUAGCCGGAUAUGGUGGUUUUGGCGGAGGCAGAUGCAAUCCUGGAACCUUUUUUCUCUGUUCUGGCGUGGCUAUCUGAUCCCAACGCACGGCACGACACCGGUUUCCUGUUUAAAUAACCCCUCCCCCAUUUGUAUCUUGCUUCCCCUGGGCAGAGCACCACACCCCUCCUCUGUCCCUGCCACCCCCAUUAGGAGUGCCCUCCUCCCCUCCUCCCCUCCUCCUCCGUGCAGUGAUCGCUCUUGGAGCCAGGGAAGAAGCCGAAAGGAGCGAUCUUGUUUAGUAUUUUGCUGUCAAAAUCGGAUUUUUUAGCUUCAGGUCGUGGAUGAUCUUUUUAUUUGUUUCCUUUUUUGCCUUUGGUGAUGGCUUGGUGAGUGAGGAGAAAUGACUUCGGUGAUUGUUCUGAUGGAGACUGCGUCUACAGACAUGAUCUGCUUUCGUUUUUGUUCUGAAGCAAUCUUGGAGAUUUGAUCUUUCCACUCCAUUGAGGUUGAAGAGAAGAGAAUCUAACAGCCAGGAGUGAGCAAAGGAGCAAGAUAGUAUGCUGAGGAGGAGAUCGAAGGCAGUUGGUGGCAAACAGGGCUUGAUGUCUGAUCCCUACUCCCUCUCAUCUUCCUCUGGUAACAGCCACAAUAAGCCCACAGCUUCCUCCCUCUUCCCCUCUCCAAGUCUCUUCCGGAGCUUCUCUUCGAAGAGCUUCUCAGACCAUGAGGCGGCCAUGAUGAGCCCGACCUCCAUACUCGAAACUAAGCACUUGUCUUCCUUCGGCAACCUCUUACACUCCGAUACGCUGCCAAAGAAUCCUCCUUUGGAGAAUGCUUCAGCUGCCGCGACUGACACUGUUACAGAGAGCAAACACCACCCUUGGGACAGCAGCGGACAAGAGCCCAUCGGCCUCGGUAUCGUUGACGCUCUCACCGAUGACAAAGCCAUGCAGUCCUCCAAUCCGCAGCGUCGAAUGGUUCUGUUUGGAUCGCAGUUAAAGAUCCAAAUCCCGUCCGUGUGCUCGAGCUCCGGUUCGCCGCCGGCCAGGUCCAUGGAGUUGCCCAGUUCCCCAAUCGAAUUCGGCAUCAAGAACAAGGAUUCUCAGUUGGCUCUCUUCUCACCGGUACUCAGAUCCCUGGGCCACGAAGCGCCCGCCGCCUCCUCUUCCCCAUGGGCUUUCACCACCGGGAGCAUCUCCGUGAGCGAGAUGGAGCUCUCGGAGGACUACACCUGCGUGAUCUCCCACGGGCCGAAUCCGAAGACCACGCACAUCUUUGACAAUUGCAUUGUGGAGAGCUGCGGCGACGAAUUCACCGCUGUGAUGAAGGAGAGUAGUCCUCUUCCAAGCCAUGAAGGCUGCUCUGCGGAUGACUUCCUCUGCUGUGCAUGCAAGAAGAAUCUUGGAGAAGAAAUGGAUAUCCCUGUGAAUAGGUUCUUGUGGUCAUGUUUAGGGUCUUCUAGCUUGAGAAUUCAUAGCUGCAAUCGCCAACCUGAUCAAACUCGGAAUACUUUUCUGCAUGAUGCCACUAUUUUACAGAAUUCGUUGAUGAAUCUAUUCGAUCAACUUCUGUGCAAGAAAUCGCAAUGUCGUUUGCCUACUGAACGUGACGUUUUGAUUCCUUGUCACUUUCAUAACCAAGAUCAGACACCAGUGCUUAAUUUCGUAGAAAUGUGGCUUCUGUCCAAAGCUGUACACGCCUGGGGUCGCCAUGUCUCCUGUGGUUGCUGUUGGGGUCCCCCAAUUCCUCUUUAGAGGUUACCUUCGCCAUCAAUUAAAAGCUCUCAGCAGUCAAUUCAGGAUAUGAUAAGCUUCAACCUCUGUGUUUUGGCAUAGAAAGUGACCUAACCAUGGCUGUGCUUUUCUUACUGGACCAUUUCAACCACUGAUGCAUAAAAUGUCUCCUUGAUGUGUGAUGUAAUUUACUGUCCUUUAUGCAGCAAAAUUUGACUGUUUGUUC